CUCUGUAGCGUCGCUCCUCCUCCUGUGGAUGUAAACAGAUUACUUUGCAGGCUUCAUAAGUCAGUCCUACAUUUUUCCUUUCUGUUUUUUUUUUUUGUAUUAUUUUAAUAUUGCCACAUUAACAAUGAAGAAGUUUUUCGAAGACAUUAAGAAGGAUAUCAAAUUUAAGUCAGCGGGACCAGGGAAGAAACUGACUGAGGACACCAGCACUAAGGCUCCCGCUGGGCAGACGGUUAACCAGGCUAAGCCUCGUGCUGCCCCCACUGAAAGCACACAGAGAGCCGGAGCUGCUGCUCUGGCCAGGAUCGAGCAGCAGCACAAACCUCGACCAUACACAUCACAGGACGCCAUCAGAAACCAGGUGAAGAGGGAGCUCGAGGCCGAGGCUGCAGCCACCACAGUGGAACAUAAAAUCACAGACAUCGAGGGUACUCAUGUUCCAGAGAAUGUGGCUGCAUGUUUUUCUGUGUCUGGAGUGUACUUCAUCUGCCCUCUGACUGGAGAAACGUUAAAGAAGAGCGAGAGAGAGACACACGUCAAGGAGGCCAUUCUUCUGAGAUUCUCCGAAAAUCCAGUGGAGGCUUCUGUUAUGAUGAUGCACACUUUUAACAAAGACAGAGAGAAAGUGAAGGGUGCCAUCGAUAUCAUCAGCAAGUAUAUUGAUAAUAUCUGUAAGAAUCCAACAGAAGAGAAGUACAGGAAGAUUAAAGUCAGCAACAAAGUGUUCCAGGAGAAGGUGAGUGUGAUCGAGGGAAGCAGGGAGUUCUUGCAGGCUGUGGGGUUUGAGAGCACUAUGCUACCAGUGGAUGGACAAGAGAACACAGAAGAGUUCUUGGUGUUGGCUGAGCAGGAUGCUGCAGCUCUGGAGCAGUUAAAAAUAAAGAAGGAGCAGCUGCAGAACGGAGAACCCAUCCGGGCCAAGCUGGACCGCCAGGCAAAAGCUUUCAGACCCUCACAGCAUGCAACGCGCUUUGAGCUGCCUCCAGACUUUUACAACCUGACUGCUGAGGAGCUGAAACGAGAACAGCAGCACAAAAGCGAUUUAGUGGAAAGGAACGCCAUGCUGCGAACAAAAGCCAUGCGGGAAAAAGACGAGCAAAGGGAGAGAAGGAAGUAUAACUAUGCCCUAAUAAGAGUUCGGUUACCGGAUGGAAACAUACUACAGGGCACCUUCUGGGCAUGGGACAAGUUAGCAGUGCUGUACCAAUUUGUGCGUGACUCCCUGGAGAACGGUUGGCAGCCCUUUGAGCUUGUUGCACCAGGAAGCCAAAAACUGAAGGAUGACGAGGAAUUGGCGCUAAAUGAAUGCAACCUUGUCCCUGCCGCUCUGUUGACCUUCUCCUGGGACGCUGCAGUUCAAGCAGACAUCGCCGCAGCUGGAGGACAGAGUAGCUCUCUACUGAAACCAGAACUGCUAGAGAAUUUGCCGACCCUGAGCUGAACAACUGCUGCCCCCGCUGUCCUCUGCUCACCCUGCGUGGGCCUCCUCUGCCACUCUGCGGUUGUAUUUUCCUAAUGGAGUGCACAUCACCCUGCGUUCAGUAACCAGAAUGCUGAUAGUGUUACAGGAUAAGAAUCAUUCACAAGAUUUGUGUUUUAGUCUGUACUGAAAUGAGCUAUGGCUCAUUUGGUCAGGAGAGCCAACACGACUGGCGAAGCGUCCAUCAUUUCCUGCUGACGAGAUCGUUUUAGAAGGAUUUGUGUGAUGUAGUGUUCAAUGUUGUGUUUGUAUUCUAAAAAGAAAAAGGAAAUUCCUAUUGCACUGUGAUGCUGUCCAUUGUAACUUAUCUUUUAGAAGAGAUUACUCUUACGGUCCACUUUAUUAGAAAUACGUGCACAUUCAUGCAGCAUGGGAAGAUUAGGUAAAAAUAAAAAUAGCCUGGUCUUUUUUUCCAGUUAUCAGCUGUCCUGUUUAGGGGGGGUGUGCCUAUUUUAAAUUGGGUAAGGAUGAGUCCCAACUUAUCAACAGUUUCUAAAAUAUUAAAUAAAUUAGCCCAUCUGGUAUCAACAGUCAUGUUGUCACACUGUCUGAUGUUUGAUGUGAACAUUAACUCUAGCUGCAUGUUGCGACCAUGUGAUCGGCUCAAUAGAUAACUGCAUGAACGUAAUAGGUGUUCCUAUUAAAGUGGAUAUCCAAGCUUUAUUUUUAAUUAAAUCAUAUGUGAAAGAGAUUUAAGCACUUUUCAGGUUAAACACUAAAUUAAAAAAAAAACAAAGCAAGCUAUAGCAUCCCUCUUUUGAUAAAAAAAAAAAUUAUAACAAAUGUCCUUGACUUCAAUUGUAUUUAAUUUAUCCAAGUCAAUAUUUUCUUACUUUUCAUUUCAGAUUUGAAAAAGGAAGAGAUUAAUGUUAAUAUUGUUUUCUGUUCUAAACUCUUUCCAGAAAACAGGACAACAGCCUACCUCCUUACACCCCAGUACACCGUGUGAGAGAACCCUGAACACUAGACAUGUAAUGUGCUUGCUUUAGCUAGCUGGUAUUUUAAUGCAUCUCUCACUGCUUUUCCAGCCACAAUAUGGAAAUGUGCUCAUUAGGCCUUUCUGUUGGUCAGACAAUAAGAAUGUAACGGAUAUAUAACAAUAUUUCACAUGCUAUAAAUCACAUUGUUCUGUGUUUGCCUAAUACAAAUCUACUGUAAUAAAGUGUAAGGAAGCAUCGUCA